AUGCCUCGAAGUGUGCAUUCGGGGAAGGUUUUGGGCCACCAUGUGACUAUAAGGGGGAUAGAGGCAAAUCUUGAUCAAAUAACGGCCUUGCAAAGGCUGCAGAGUCUCAGGAUGACGAAGGAGGUCCAAAGGCUAACUGGGAUGGCAGCAGCCCUCAACAGAUUCAUCAGCCGGUUAAGCAACAACGGCAGACCCUUCUUUCAAUUAUUGAAGAAGAGGGAGGGGUAUGAAUGGGGAGCAAAAUGUGAGCAGGCUUUCCAAGACCUAAAGAAGUACUUGGCAGUGGCACCACUUUUGUCAACCCCAGAACCGGGUGAAUCUUUGAUUUUAUAUUUAGCGGUUUCUGAACAUGCAGUAAGUGCAGUGUUAUUAAGGAAUAAAGGACCCAAACAAAUCCAAGUUUACUGCGUGAGCAAGACGUUGGUGGACGUGGAAAUGAGAUAUUUGCCCCUCAAGAAACUGAUCCUGGCACUGAGGAUGGCGAUGUGGAAGUUGCCGCAUUACUUCCAGAGUCACAAGAUAGUGCUAUGCACUACGAUCAAAGGACAAGUGUUGGCCAACUUUAUAGCAGAAUUCUCUCCUGCAGUGGCUCCCCAGCCUCCUACGAGAAACGGGCAGGCACUUGGGCUUCCUGCCGAGAAAAACAAAGCACUAGCAGAAUAG